AUGUCUCUAAAUACAACCAUGCCAUAUUAUCGUAAUACAUCAAGAGAGAUCAAAACUGUCAGAGAAAUUAUACAAGCUGAAGCAAUUAAAAGUGCUAGAAUUUUGAGUAGAGAUAAAGUGAAAGUUAAACAAAAUACAUCAAUUGGAGAUUUGAAUCGAAGUAAAAGAAAAACUAAUAAUUCAUUUUAUGAUAAUCGAAAUAUUUCUUAGAAUGAAAAUACAAAUAUAUUGUAAAGCUAUUUAGCAAAUGCAUUCUAAGAGAAAAAAGAGCAUUUGUAAAGAAUAUAGAUGCAAGAAAUAACUAAUAAAAAUAAAUUAGAAGAGAACAAGCAGAAAGAGAUCAAAUAUUUGAUGCGAAUAGCAGCAUUGGAGAAGGAAUCAUCCAAAUUAACUGAAAUGGUAUCAAAAUUAAAGAAGGAAAAUACAUCUCUAAAGCAAUCAAGUAACAAAGAAUCUACAGUGUUGUAAUUACAUGAAGUCCUUAACUAAUCGCGAAUUGAAAAUUAAAUACUUAAAAAAUAAUUAACUCAUCUUUAAAAUACAAAUAAUAAUAACUUAAAUAUUGGCAUACAAAAAAGAGCGGAUACUUAGAGGAGUGUUACUUUGAAUACAACAUAUACAGCUAAUACGGCUAACACUACAAAUAAUACUUUUAAUGAUGUUCUUAAGUCUAAAGAACAUAUACCCAGUUAUUUACUUGCUUUAAGUUUAGCUGAUUGA